AUGUAUGUCCCGAAGAUGCAGAACUCAUCUAUUCAGGUUGGAACAGACAGGCAAUAUCACAUGAAGGAAAACUCUGCACAUGUUUUUUCCAUGAUUGCAAGGACUUUCCGAAAAUCCAGCUCAUGUUCUAUUGGAGGUGCACACUACGGUCAUACUGGUAGCGGCUCAAAUCAUCUCUGCAUGCCAGAAGAGCCUAUAUAUGACGAAGUAGAAACUUCCACACACGCUGAUCGAGCCCUACUUUUCUCUACUGAAUACCAACUCAAUACUGGUCCUUCACGCAUGCAACCAAUGCAUGACCAGACUCCGACCUGUGCAGUCUGCAGGGCGCCCUCUGGCCGCACCAGCAAACUUAUGAUUCCUGCCCGCAACGUGUGUCCUUCUCAAGAAUGGCGUUUAGAGUACGCUGGUUAUCUUAUGGCAGAGAAAUACACAACCAAGAGAUCGGAAUUCGUGUGUGUGGACCGAGAGAUGGUUCCUAAAGCGGGGACCCAGGGGAAUCAAGGAGGUGGGUUGUUGUUCAUGACAGAAGUCCGGUGUCUGGCGGGUGGGGGCUUGGAUUGUGGACCCUACAUCGACGGUUACGAAAUUACAUGCGCUGUUUGUACUAUCUGA